AUGGAUGUGAUACGAGGGGCAUGUUCAAAAGAUAAAGUUGGAGGAAUGGUAUAUAUUAGAGAAGAUAUAGUACCAUCAAUGUUAGAAUGGAAAGCAAUUGAAGAUGAUAAAAACUUUUUAAAUAUACCAUUAAAUAAAUUAAUUGCAUUACAAGCAUCAAAAGAAUCAACUCCCAAGAUGAUUUUACAAAUAAGUUAUAAAUUAGAUGAUGAUCAACAAGAACCAACCAAAAUAAGAUUACAUUUUAAUAAUCGACCUACAAUGAAUAAUAUAAAAGAUGCUUUACAAACCAUUGUGGCGAGAUCAAGAACAAGAGUUGAAGGUUCAUCUACACCAACUCCUCAACAAAGUUUAACAACUCCUCAAACAACUUCAGCUUCAGCCACUCCCACACCAACAUCUUCAUCAUCAUCAAGUACUUCAGCACCUUCAUUAUCAGAUUCAAAUUUAUUAAAAAAUUUUGAAUUACAACAAAAAUUAUUAUUAGAAGAUAAAAAUUUAAGAAAUAUAUUUACAAAAUCUGUAAUGCAAUUUAAAUUAUCUCCAACUAUUUUUUGGUCAAGUAGAAUAAAUCAAUUAAGAACUUUUGCAUUAACUAUAUCACAACAUAGAGGUCCUUAUAAUGUUUUAAGUACUAUAAAACCAGUAGCAACAUCAGAUAAUCAAGUUAAUGUUAAUGUUACAAGAGAUACAAUAAAUGAAAUUUUUGAAAUUUAUCCAAUAAUAAAAAGGGCUUUUCAAGAUUUAGUACCUCAAAAAUUACUGGAAGGUGAAUUUUGGUCAAGAUUUUUUAAUUCAAAAUUAUUUAGAAGAUUAAGAGGUGAUAAAAUUGGUAUUAAUAGUGGAAGAGGUGAUGCAAUUUUAGAUAAAUAUAUUUAUAUGGAUGAUAAAUUAAUUAAUGAGGAAAAUAAUAAUGGUGAACAAAAUGGUGAUACAAAUGAAAAUGAUGAACAAAUCACCAAAAGAAGAAAAUUAAAUGAAUUGAAUGCAAAUCAUAUAAAUAAAUUUUUAGAUUUAUCCGGUAAUGAACAAGAUAAUUCACAAAAAUUAGGUAAUAGACCAGAUAUGACAAUGAGAUAUGAUGAUGAUAAUAAUGAUAAUGACACAACAACUACAACCACAACAACAGCAAAGAAUUCUAAAAAGGAAAAUGAAAUGAUAAUUUUAAUGAAAAAUAUGAAUAAAUUAUCUUCAAAAAUGAUGAGUAUGAGUUCUGAAAAUAUACCAACUAAUGGUGAAAAUUCAAUUGAUGGAUUAUCAGCUAAUGAAGUUAAUGAAUAUGAAGAAGAUUUAAAUUUACAUGAUUUAAAUGAUUAUAAUGAUUCAAAUUAUAUUGCAUUAAAUAUUAAUACAAAUGGAAAUACUACAAGUGAAGUAAUUGAGAAAUUGAUUGAUGAUGACUUAAAUAUUGAAGAAACUAAUUCAAAUGAUGUACAACUAGAUGAUAUAGAUCUCUCCGCUUAUUUAUCAAAUCAAAUUCAAACAAAUGAAAUAGAUUUAAGUGAAACUUUUAAAAAUAAAGAACAAGAUAUUGAAAAAACAUAUUUACAAAUUUCAAAUACAAUAAAACAAAAUUUUAAAACUUUUAAAUUAAUAAAUAAAGAGGAACAAACAUCAUCUUCAACAAUUCAAUCUCAGCCAAUAAAUAUUAUACCAAAUUUAUUAAUUCAAGAAAUUAUAACAUAUAAUAUAACAAUAGUAGAAUUCUUAUCACAUUUUUGGAAAUUAUUUUUAAAUAGUAGCGAAAGCAAUUCAAAUCAAUUAAAAAAAAUAUAUACAUCAUUAAAAAAUUGUUCAAAUUCUUUAAAACAAUUUAAAAUUAAAUCAAUAACAGAAUUAAAUGAAAUUGAAAUAGUGAAGAGUAAUGAAAAAUUAAAAGAUAAAGUUUUAAAAGAUUUUAAUUCUUGUUUAAAACCUUUGGAAAUUAGUUUAGAUAAUGCUUUAAAUAAAUAUGCUGAAGCUGUUAAGAAUAGUAAUACUACUGCCAAUGGUAAUGGGAAUGGUACUGUCAAUGCUCAAGAGGUUUAA